UCGUUUAUACCGAAGAACACUAUAAUUUUUUACAUUUGUACUGGAAUAAACUGAAGAGACAAUAUCGGACCAUUACAUAAUGUUAUUACAAAGUGUUUGUGUUUUGUUAACUGUGGUAUCAGCAAAUGCCGGUGAUAAUCCUCACUUAGCGUUUGAAAACACGGCAUGCGACCUGAAAGCGAGGAACGAGUCCUGUGUGCCUGGGUUCUGCUGUGUUCGGGACGAAUUUCUAUAUACUGAGACGCUCUGCAGAGCGCUGGGAAAAGCUGGUGAUGCGUGCGCAACCAAACUCACAGAAUUCGAAUGUCCAUGCGAGGAUGGCUUCCGUUGUGCGAGCAAUAUACAUGGUCACGUAACUUCUUUGUUCGGAAAAUGCUACCCUAUACCACAGCCUACAGAUCAAACAGCAAAUUCCAUGACAACACAAAUGCCAGACAGUCACGUGACAACAGAAAGUCCCACUCGUGUCACAAAAGCGAGUAAAAGCCACGUGACAAUGGACAGUACAAUUACGCACAACCUGGUAACGACGGUCGAAAAUGUCAAACACGUACAGCUCGACGGAGAUACUGUGAUCGGUUGAAUACCAUUAUCUGUGAAAACGUUUACAUACAAAUAAAUGAAAUGGACCCUUUUCGCAAUUCAUUUUCGAGAAUAUGUUAUAUUGAGUUUAACUUUGUUACACUGCUUUUGUUAAUUUUUGGAUAUAAAUGUUUCAAACUGUU